GUGUGUGAGAGAGAGAGUUUUGAUCCUGAGUUCUGAUCUUCUUAACAAAGGACAAUGAAUAUUUUUCAUAGGUUGUUUAUGUUAUAUUUGUAUUUCUUCACACCAGUCUUAUUUGUGGAACUCUCUUUGUUUCUUUAUCAUGUAUUCAAGAACACACCGAUACCAUCAGAAACCAAAGAUCCAGUAAAGCUACAGCUAUUUCAUGUGGUCACACUGUUGGUUUUUCGUUUGGGGAAGAUUUUUGAGAAAUUAGGGAUCUGCAGCCAAAUUACAUUUGUUAGAUUUAUAUUAAAUUUGACACUUGCUGGGAAAAAGUCAAAUCUCUUCAUUCGGGAUGCAAAGUUUGAACAUGUGCCAGUAAGGAUUUACCAGCCAACCAGCCCUUCUACUCAACCAAGGAAAGGACUGAUCUACCUACAUGGAGGAUGUGGGAUAUUUGGAAGCAACAGAGGCUAUGAACGAGUAUGCCGCUAUCUUGCCCGAGAAAGUGAUUCGGUGGUUGUGUAUGUUGAGUAUCGACUAGGUCCUGAGCACCAACAUCCAGCCCAGUUAUUGGACUGUCUCACAGCUACAACAUACUUCAUGAACAAUUCAAAAGACUAUGGAGUGGAUCCUAACUGCGUUAUUCUUGCCGGAGAAAGUAGUGGAGGUGCAAUCGUUGCUGCUAUUUGCCGAGAAAUGGUUAAAAGAUCAGCUACUCCAAAGAUUCGAGCCCAGAUCCUGAUCUACCCAUUGCUGCAGAUAAUGAAUCUUUCUCUGCCAUCCCAUCAGCAAAAUCAAUUUGGGCCUGCCUUAACCCGGCGUCGGGCUAUGAAACUUGGCUUACUGUAUCUGAAUGCAGGCAUCCAGCAUGUUGAAAGUCUCAUGAAUAAUGCCCAUGUUCCUGAGUUCAUGAAGAUGAAAUACAAGAAAUGGCUUAGUGCAGACUGCAUCCCAGAGGAAUUUAAAACCAGAGGCUAUAAGCCACCAUUGCCUGUUCCGUUUUCAGAAGAACUAUAUGAACAAACCAAACUAAAUGAUGAGACAAUGCUGUCACCAAUUUUAGAUGAGGAUGUUAUUAUCCAACAGCUUCCUCAGACUUACAUAUUAACUUGUGAAUAUGACGUAAUAAGAGAUGAUGGACUUCUAUACAAAAAACGUCUAGAGGACAAUAAUGUGACUUUGACAUGGAACCAUGUGAAGGAUGGAUUCCAUGGAUUUAUAAUGUUUGUUGACACUGGGCCACUUGAGUUUUCAUGUACAAAAAAAGCAUUUGAAGAUAUACUGAAGUUUAUAAAGGGAUUAUAAAAACAACAACAA